UGGACAAAUCCAUUUGUUGGACGCCUGGUUGGCUACAUCCAACGAAAUUCCUCAAUAACUCAAAUGUGUACAUGUACAUACAUACAAAACAAUAAAUACAAUUAUAGUUGAAUAAUCCAUACGAGUAUAGAGGUGGAUAUAAGGAAUACUUGAAGAGACAUUUUGAAAAAUUGCCAAGAUUUAUUUUAAAAAAUUGGCAAAAUGUCGAAGUUAUUCAUCUCAGAAAACAUCGUUUUAAAGGAUUCUAUUCUUGACGGUGGGAUAUUGAUUAAAAAUGGAAAAAUUACGAAACUUUUACCACGAAAUAUACUGGAGAAGAUGGAAAAUACGGUAGACUUUAAGGAUUCUUACCUAAUGCCAGGUUUAAUCGAUAGUCACGUGCAUUUGAAUGAACCGGGACGCACCGAUUGGGAAGGAUUUGAAACCGGUACUAAAGCAGCAGCCGUAGGUGGCAUUACAACAAUUUAUGAUAUGCCAUUAAAUUCUAUACCUCCCACAACAACGUUAGAUAAUUUACGGACUAAAGUGAAUGCUGCUAAAGGUAAAACUUACGUAAACGUUGGGUUUUGGGGAGGAUUAGUUCCUGGAAAUCAAGAUGAAUUGCGUGCAAUGGUUGAUGCGGGGGUUGUUGGAUUCAAAGGAUUCUUAUGUCCUUCUGGUGUAGAUGAGUUUCCUAAUAUUAAUAGGAAAGAUAUGGAGAAAGCUUAUGAAAAACUUCAGACUACCAAUGCCACAUUAUUAUUUCAUGCUGAAGAAGGUUGUUGUAAUAACAGUAGUGAAGAAGUAACAGAAUCACCAUUUAAAUACUCAACUUAUCUAAAAUCAAGACCGGAUGCAUUGGAAAUGAAUGCUAUUACUAUGAUUAUUGAGUGCUUGAAGAAAUACAAAGUUAAAUCUCAUAUUGUUCACUUGGCAACUGCAAAAGGUUUGGAUAUUAUCAAAAAAGCAAAAGAUGCUGGUCUGCCACUAACAGUUGAAACAUGUCACCAUUAUCUCAAUUUACAUUCGGAAGAAAUUGAAGAUAGACGCACCGAAUUCAAAUGUGCACCUCCAAUCAGAAGCUUAGCCAAUCAGAAAUUAUUAUGGAAUGGUUUGACAUCUGGUAUUAUCGAUAUGGUCGUUUCGGAUCAUUCUCCAUCAACGCCUGAUUUAAAAUUACUAACGUCUCCGAAUGAUUCAGACUACGGAAACUUUAUGAAAGCUUGGGGUGGAAUUGCGUCACUACAAUUUGGUUUAUCUUUGAUGUGGUCACAAUGUAAACAACGUGGAAUUUCCAUUCACGCGAUGAAUAGAUUCGUGACCCAACACACCGCAAAACUUGUUGGUCUCCAGAAAACAAAAGGUUUUAUUGCCGAGAAUUAUGAUGCUGAUUUGGUGGUGUGGAAUCCGAAUGACACAAUUCAAGUGGAAACCAAUAUAAUCCAACAUAAAAACAAAGUGACGCCGUAUCUGGGGAAAACUUUACAUGGAAAAGUAAUUGCGACCAUUGUCGGCGGGGAAAUAAUCUACUCGCAGGAAACUGGGUUAGCUCCACCGUGCGGAAAAUUACUCGUAACGCUGUAGAUAUUUAUUUCUAGCAGAUGGAAAGUGCAGUUACAUUUAAGAAAAAAAUGAUGGUGUUGGAAGAGGUAACAAACAGAAUAUUUUAUUGAUUAGAGCAUAUAACUAUAUCAAUAUAAAAUUUAAUUAAUUAUUUGUCGCUCCCAAGUUAAUCACAGAUCAUUUUCGUGAUUUUGUAUUCUAUUUUGUAAAAAACAAACAACAAUUUGAUCUGAUACAAAAAAGAUAACUUUUUUAUCUAA